AUGGGCAAGGAUACUGCGACAGGCGCAGGGGACAUUAUCAUCGCGUCAGUACAGACAUUAGCGCGCGGGCGCGUUUACAAGUUCGAUCCUAGCGCAUUUAAACUCGUAUUAGUGGAUGAGGCGCAUCAUAUCGUUGCAAGGUCAUACCGCGACGCUCUGGAACAUUUUGGAUUGAACGAACAAUCUGCAAAUGGACCGAUAUUGGUGGGGGUCUCGGCCACUUUUUCACGGUUUGAUGGUCUCAAGCUUGGUGCGGCCAUUGAUCAUAUUGUCUACCACAAGGACUAUGUGGAUAUGAUGCGCGAGAAUUGGUUGGCAAAUGCCGUCUUUACGACUGUCAAGUCUGGGGCCAAUUUGUCCAAAGUCAAGAAAGAUAACUUCGGGGACUUUGCUCUGGGCUCACUUUCCGAGGCCGUUAAUACCGCAACCAUAAACAGUAUCACGGUUCGUGCUUGGAUGGCGAAUGCUGCAGAACGAAAGUCUACGUUGGUCUUUUGCGUUGAUAUUGAGCACGCACGUCAGCUCACUGCUGCCUUCCGUGACCAUGGCGUUGAUGCGAGGUAUAUCACUGCUAGCACCCCUAAGCGUAAGCGAGCAGAAGAGCUACGGGCUUUUAAAGAGCAGGAAUUUCCGGUCUUGUUGAACUGUGGCCUUUUCACGGAGGGCACAGAUAUCCCAAACAUCGACUGCGUGCUUUUGGCUCGACCGACCAGAUCUCGAAACCUGCUCAUCCAAAUGAUUGGGCGUGGGCUUCGGCUGUUCCCUGGAAAAAAGGAUUGCCAUAUAAUAGACAUGGUAGCCUCCCUGGCAACCGGAGUCCUAUCGACACCGACUCUAUUCGGCUUAGAUCCAGAUGAGGUCCUGGACAACUCCAGUGCGGAAGAUAUACAGGAGAAACUGGACAAGCCCAAGGAAGAAGCAUCCCGCCCCGAUAUUGCUGAGCCAUAUGACGGCUCAGACAACGACUUGAAACUCCAAUUCACAACAUACGAUAGUAUCUACGAUCUCCUAGGAGACAUGCAAUCCGAGCGACAUAUCAGGUCACUAAGUCCGCACUCUUGGGUCCGAGUCGGCGACAACAGAUAUAUGCUUUCUGAUGCAUCCGGCUGGAUGACAAUCGAAAAAGACGACGACUUAUUCACCGCACACCACGUCAUGAAAUUCAAGGAUCCAAUAAAGGAAGCCAUGCAAUACACGCGCCCGCGCAAGGUUGCUUCCGGGCCUGAUUUGGAGACCAUUGUGAGGUCAGCAGAUACCUACGCCAAUAGCAAAUUCGAUCAGCAUUACAUUUCUACUCGGAAACCUUGGCGACGGGCCCCGGCAACACCUGGUCAGAUCAAGUUGCUGAAUGCAGCUCAUAUUCGGGACCGCACAGUGAAGGAAGAAGAUCUGACCCGGGGCCAGGCAGCUGAUAUGAUCACGAAGCUGAAAUAUGGGGGCAAGAAACGCUUCAAGGAUUUGGAGACUGAGAAGCGGAAGAAGCUGCGGCAAGUGGAUGAUAUGGAUAAGCUGCAGAGAAGGGUCGAUGUGAAGGUUGGGCCUGUGGAGGGUUGA